UUGGUGGGGUGGUGUCCCCCGUCCCCCGUCCCCUGUGCCCGCGGUCCCCGGUUUAUCCUGCAGCCUUUCGGCGUGCGGCGGAGCGGAGGAUGAGCGAGCAAGGGAAGGGCUCGGCAUCCGCCUCUGCCGCGGCCCCGGCUCCAGGGUCGGACACUUACAAAGGUUGGCUUUUUAAAUGGACCAACUACUUGAAAGGGUACCAGCGGCGAUGGUUCGUCCUCAGCAAUGGCCUGCUUUCAUACUACAGGACGCAGGCAGAGAUGGCGCAUACGUGUCGUGGAACAAUCAACUUGGCCACGGCUCACAUCGACACAGAGGACGCCUGCAAUAUUGUCCUGAGCAGUGGUGGCCGCACGUACCACCUGAAAGCUAGCACAGAAGUGGAGCGGCAGAGAUGGGUCACAGCGCUGGAGUUGGCCAAGGCUAAAGCCAUCCGCAUGAUGAACGACCAAUCUGAUGACUCCGGAGACGAGGAGCCCACCUCCCAGUCAGACCGCAGCGAGAUUCAGGGCACCCUGAAGAUACUCGUCAGCAAGCUCGAUGACCUGAGCACAUGUAAUGACCUGAUUGCCAAACAUGGGGCGGCCCUGCAGCGUUCCCUGAGUGAACUCGAGGGUCUGAAAGUCCCCGUGGAGGGAGGAGAGAAGAUCAAGGCAGUCAACGAGCGAGCCACCCUCUUCCGCAUCACUUCCAAUGCUAUGAUCAAUGCGUGUCGAGACUUCCUGGACCUAGCUGAGACUCACAGUAGGAGAUGGCAGCGGGCGCUGCAGUAUGAGCGAGAGCAGCGUACCCACCUAGAGGAGACCAUUGAGCAGCUAGCCAAGCAGCAUAACAGCCUGGAGCGAGCGUGGAGAGAAGCACCCACACUUGUAUCCAGCACACCCAGUGCCCCUACCACCAACAAGGGGAGUGAGAGGCCACGCAAAGAAGAGGCGAGUGAUGAAGAUGAGGAUACUGAGUACUUUGAUGCCAUGGAGGAUUCCCCUGCUUUUAUCACAGUGACUGCCACUGAGAACACACAGCACAGGCGAUCUCAGAGUAAUUUAAGCGGAGCGAGUGGAGGUCACUCCAAUGACUGGAACCAGGACGACCAUAUGUCUCCAAGCUGUAAUGAUGUGUCAGGGAAGGAGCUGCAGCCCCGCAGACAGCGGCGGACUCAUGUUCCAGACAAACCUAACUACUCCCUCAAUUUAUGGAGUAUCAUGAAGAACUGCAUUGGCAAGGAGCUCUCCAAAAUUCCCAUGCCUGUAAACUUCAAUGAGCCUUUGUCGAUGCUUCAGCGUCUCACCGAGGACCUGGAGUAUCAUGAGCUUCUGGACAAGGCAGCACGCUGCGACUCCUCCCUGGAGCAGAUGUGCCUGGUCGCUGCCUUCUCCAUCUCCUCCUACUCCACCACGGUCAACAGGACAGCCAAGCCCUUCAACCCCCUCCUGGGCGAAACCUAUGAGCUCGAUCGUCUGGAGGAGUUCGGCUACCGCUCGCUGUGUGAGCAGGUGAGCCAUCACCCCCCUGCAGCUGCUCAUCAUGUGAUUUCCCAACGAGGCUGGACCCUGUGGCAGGAAAUCACCAUCGCCAGCAAGUUCCGUGGCAAAUACCUCUCCAUAAUGCCUCUGGGUGCCAUUCACCUGCAGUUCCACUCCAGCGGGAACCACUAUGUGUGGAGAAAGGUCACCUCCACAGUGCACAACAUCAUUGUGGGCAAGCUGUGGAUUGACCAGUCGGGGGACAUUGAGAUUGUGAAUCACAGGACAAAGGAGACCUGCCAACUCAAGUUCUCUCCCUACAGUUAUUUCUCCAGGGACGUUCCACGAAAGGUGACAGGUGUGGUGGCUGACAGUGGCGGCCAAGCUCACUACAUCCUUUCUGGUACAUGGGAUGACAAAAUUGAGAGUUCCAAGAUCAUUCAGAGCAGCCGAGGGGGAAGUGGAAGUGGAUCAGAAGGCAAGCAGAAGACUGUCUAUCAGACCUUGUCGCCAAAACUGCUGUGGAAGAAAUACCCUCUCCCGGAUAAUGCUGAGAACAUGUACUACUUCUCUACGCUGGCACUGACCCUGAAUGAGCUGGAGGACGGGGUGGGAAUGACCGACAGCCGUCUGAGACCAGACCAGAGGCUGAUGGAGGAAGGGCGAUGGGAUGAAGCAAACUCAGAAAAGCAGAGGUUAGAAGAAAAACAAAGAGCUGUGAGGAGGAGGAGAGAAGCAGAGGCCUCAGAUGCACUGGAUGAAGGUAAAGAAUACGAAGGCUACCAGCCGUUGUGGUUUCACCAGAGGAGGGACUCAUUCACUGGAGAGACAAACUUUGUGUACAAGGGAGGUUACUGGGAGGCAAAGGAGAAACAGGACUGGAGCAUGUGUCCUGAUAUCUUCUAACCCAGGAACUUACCCCCGGAUCACACCUAACCUCAGUGGACAGGGAACUGCUCUGCCUCUGGUCCUUGGGGCGUAGCUGCUUAUGAGCACCACGUGGAGCUUUGUGAGCAAGAGAAUGUGUAUGUUUCACACACUCUCGUAAUACACUGUACCUCCAAUUGUACACUCUCACUCUGUUUUUUACAAUGGGGAAGAAGAAUGGGCAUUCCCUGAGUAGUCCUCUUUGACACUAUACUGAAACAGCAGUGAGAUAAUGUGUGGAUGUGAGAUGGUGUUGGAGUUGUAACACCACACACUAGAGGCACCUGCACACUCCUGAUAUCAGGUGCUCCACAAAUGCUACCCACAAUGCACUUUUCUGUGUUCACCCCAUUAUAGAGUUUUACAAAUUGGACAGAAACCCAUGUCAAAGCAGCUCACAACUAUAGACUGACAACUAACAGGGACAAAAUCAUAAAGAGGCACAUAGAAGCAGAACAGUGUUCAAGACACAUGUAAGUAUUUCAGCGGUUAGCAGGAAAGUGUCCUCAUCCUCCAUUUUAAUCAGCAGAGUUGAGAUUAUGCCUACUUUAUAAAGCUUAAAAUUGCUCGCUCAUUUUCUUCACGGAAAUGAUUUCAAGUGCUCAUUUUUGCCCCUUUUGAUUGCUUUACAAAGAGGCUGAAGCUUGAAUAUAGUGUCUGAUUCGUUAUCAAUUCUGGAGACCCAAAGUGCCAAAAUUUAAAUAGAUGGUGAAAACAUUAUGAAAAAAAAUUACCAUAUAAAUAAAGACAGAAUUUGUAAUAUAACCAUGAAAUUGUUAAAUAAUUUAAGAUUCAAGAAUUUAGACUCAACUAUUUCCAUGAAUUAUUAUUUGAUGUUGUUUAUUUCCACAAUAACAGAGUUUAUUGCAGGUUAUGUUUUAUUCCAUGGUUUGGUGGUUGUUUAUUUUUAUUAUUUUAUUUCAUAAUGCCACCCUUCAUCAAAAAGUCUCAAGGCCAACAGGGCAGAGCCAGUUAUGUGAUUGGCUGUUGCUUCAAUCUGAAUGAGCUGACAGACGUAUUGGCACAUCUAACCAAAAACCAAGAAAAAAAGAGAACACAGAAAGUCAAACUGUCACAUAAAAAGUGGCAGUCAGUAUUUAUUUCUUAAUACCGACCGUAUUAUGAAAUAAAACGGUCAGUGGGAAAAAUGUCAUUGUGAAAUUAACACAAACCUUUGGAAAGAAAUACACCUGGCCUGCAAACAUUUCUGUUAUUGUGAAAAUAAACAUGAUGAAAUCACAUUUCAUAAUAAUGAGCUGUGUUUUAAAAAGGUUAUUUCACAAUUUUAUGGCUGUAUUACAUAUUCUGUCUAUGUCAUAAUGUCUUAUUCGUUUAUUUACUUUCCAAUACUUUGGUUCUCAACAGCUAAUAUUUGAUUGGGGAAAUCAUCUCAUUCUUAUAGAGUAGAGGCUGGUUUAGCUGAUUUGGUGAAAUAUGCAGAAAUAUAUUUUAUUUGAUGUGAAUGUUGGGAUUUUCCUCUAGGUACAUGCAAGUAGUCUGUUCAGUAGUUAACUGGACUAUAAUCCAUGUAGAGAUAAUAUGGCUGCUUUUCAUAAUUUCAAUAUGAAUUGCCUCUAUGCUUCAGUGCUUCAGACAUUCUCCAUUUGUGAUUCUGAUUAGCAAAAUACUACAGUAGUCAGUCCUUUGGUUGUAACACAUUAGUACAGUUUCAAAAGUGCAACAUUAAACUUCAAAACAUCCA